GUUGUUUGGAAUUGGAAGUGUGAACAGCACGUUUAUUUUAAAACUUCGUUCAAUUGUGGAUGAAAUUACAAAUAUAGAACAAAAAUAUACAGAUUAUACAUGGCUCUAUAUCAGAGACUAUUUCUUUCAAAGAUUUUUCAUCAAUKCCCAAGAAUAGUCACCUUAAGAUCGUCCAGGCUGAGUGCYUCAACAUGGACUGGGCAAGAGUCCUUGAAGGAUGAUGAUCCUGAGAUGUAUGAUUUAAUCAACAGAGAAAAACAAAGACAGCUCAAAGGUUUAGAGCUCAUUGCUUCUGAGAAUUUCUGCAGCAGAGCAGCWUUAGAAGCYCAAGGGUCAUGUCUUAACAACAAGUAUUCAGAAGGCUAUCCUGGACAACGAUAUUAUGGAGGAAAUGAAAUCAUUGAUGAAAUUGAACUACUUGUACAGAAAAGAGCCUUAGAAGCAUUUCGGCUUGAUCCUAAAGAAUGGGGGGUGAAUGUACAGCCUUACUCAGGAUCACCAGCAAAUUUUGCAGCUUAUACUGGCCUUUUGAAGCCUCAUGACAGAAUAAUGGGUUUAGACCUUCCACAUGGUGGCCACUUGACACAUGGCUUUAUGACWGAUGCAAAGAGAAUCUCUGCUACCUCCAUUUAUUUUGAAUCAAUGCCAUACAGAUUAAAUGAAUCCACAGGUUACAUUGAUUAUGACACACUUGAAAAGACAGCCACAUUAUUCCGUCCAAAACUCAUAAUUGCAGGGGCUAGUGCAUACUCUCGACAUUAUGAAUACGAUAGAAUGAGAAAGAUUUGUGAUGCCACCAAUUCAAUUCUUCUAUCUGAUAUGGCACAUAUAAGUGGACUUGUUGCUGCAGGUGUUGUCCCAAGUCCAUUCGAUCAUAGCCAUGUUGUAACAACCACUACUCAUAAAACACUGAGAGGGUCAAGAGCUGGUAUGGUAUUCUAUCGUGUUGGRCAGAAGGGAGUAAAUAAGAAGACUGGCAAACCUAUAAUGUAUGACUUUGGUAAACAUAUUGAUUUUGCUGUCUUUCCAUCACUGCAAGGAGGACCACAYAAUCAUGCCAUUGCUGGUGUGGGUGUAGCUUUAAGACAGGCAAUGCAACCUCACUUCAAGGAGUAUCAGCUACAGACUAUUAAGAAUGCCAAGACAAUGGCUGACAGUUUGAUGGCCAAAGGCUACACACUAGUGUCAGGYGGAACAGACAACCAUUUAGUGUUAUUAGAUCUUAGACCAAAGGGAGUUGAUGGGGCUAAAGUGGAAAAAGUUCUAGAUGAGGCAUAUAUUACAGCUAACAAAAACACAUGCCCUGGAGACAAAAGUGCUCUUAAACCUGGUGGUCUCAGAUUAGGAUCUCCUGCAUUAACAUCACGUAACUUCAAGGAGGCAGAUUUUGAGCGGGUCGUGGAUUUCAUUGAUAUUGGUGUAAAUAUCACUAUAGAGGCACAGAACUCUAGUGGAGACAACACAAAAGCUUUCCUAGAAUUCAUCAAAACAGACCAAAGUACUUUGGAUAAGAUUKCAAAACUGAGGAGUCAAGUGGAAGAGUUUGCUAGCAAUUUCCCUAUGCCAGGGUUUGAUGACCAUUAAUGGAAGUACGAAUGAAGCUUGAAUGAAUGAUUGACGAUGCAGAUAUCUUGCUAUCUAUGACAAAAUAUUUUCAAUAUUAUAUAACUGGAGUUACAGGGUAGUAAUUUGGUAGGGUUUUUGCAUAAUCUUAACAUGAUUUUUUGAUCUUGUUCGUUAAUUUUUUUUAAAGAGUUAAUUUUAUGAUUUAUCAAUAUAUCAGUUGAGUAUAUCUAGCUAUUUUAGAUAAUGUUGAACCCUGAAGAAUGCAAUGCAUUGUGUCAUUGUAUGAUCUCUGUUCAAAAAGAGCUUUUGCUUCUUACAGUUAGAACUUGAAACAAUUUUGCUUAGAAUGCCAUUUUACAACACAAUGCAUUGCGGCCUUAGAAUGCACAAUGCAGUAUUCAAUGUUCAUAAAAAUAGCUGCAUAUACAUUUAUUUAAUACACAUAAUUUCUAGUGUUAAAACAGUUGUAUAAAUGUAAACAAAUUAAUUCAAAAAAAGAAAGCCUUCUGGAGGUAACUCACAGGUGAUCAGCACCAACUUGUACUAAUCAAAGUGCAAUAAAGUUAUAGAGAAAACUAAA